AUGUCCAUUGAGUCAGUGAUGCCAUCCAACCAUCUCAUCCUCUGCCACCCCCUUCUCCUCCUGCUCUCAACCUUUCACACCAUCAGGGUUUUUUCCAGUGAGUCAGCUCUUCGCAUCAAGUGGCCAAAGUAUUGGAGCUUCAGCGUCAGCAUCAGUCCUUCCAAUGAAUAUUCAGGGUUGAGUUCCUUUAGAAUCGACUGGCUUGAUCUCCUUGCUGUCCAAGAGACUCUCAAGAGUCUUCUCCAGCACCAUAAUUCAAAAGCAUCAAUUCUUCGGUGCUCAGCCUUCUGUAUGGUCUAA